ACAUCAUUGUGUGCCCAAAGGAUCGCGAGGCUGAAGUGAGCUAACUCCACUGUUGACAUUGUAAAUCAUGAAUGAAUGUCAAAGGAUUGCGGAGGACCUGAUUGCCGCUACCGAAUGAAUUGUUUUGGUGUGUCAAUUAUCCGCGGUGACGAUCUUCAGUUAAAGCGAUACUGCCGUAGCCUAAUGUACCGGUGAUAAUCUAUCUGACAGUGCGAGCCUCCCAAUGACAGCUAACCAAGUAAUGCAGCGGAACGUGCGCGUGCUUUUCUUGUUUUGGUAAACGCGAGAUGAAGUCGCCUGGAGUGAAAACUCUGGUGGUUUGUGUAUUUAGGGAAUGACACCAAAAUGACUUUAUUUUUCCCUUUUUUCCCUAACCUAUCGCUUCAGAAUAUCCAUUACGGAAUGCAACAGAAUCGGUGACCAAGGAUACUGGAAUACUUGCUGGCUGCCCUCUGCUCAAGCAAUAUGCAAUUACAAUUCACCCAAAUUCUCCAUAGUCCUACUGAAGCAACAACGCUGGUCGGGUUAUGAAAUAAAAAUAGUCAUUAUGUCAAGAGUAUUGGAUUUUGUGAGCAUCUAUUUUACUUGCUGCUGUGUGCGUUUCCCUGCACCCUACCAGUGCCAAUAUUAGUAUUUCCUUAAUGACUGCCUAUCUGUUGUUUUUAGGAAGUUUUAGUGGUAUUUAUUUAUCUUCUGACGAGAGAGAAAGAGGACUGUUACAUGCAAUAUAUUCCCACCUUCAAUGAUCUUAUACACAGUUUUAAAGUGAUUCUUCUGAUGGAUGAGCAUUAGUCAUAUUGGAGCUAAUAGCAUCCUCUCAUUCACCUCCAUCAAUCAAAUGUUAUUUAUUAUUUAUAGGACACUUGACAGUAAACAGCCAGAACCUUUGUUUUUAGACUAACGUUUUCAAGCUAAGGUGAUUGGCCUCCGUCUGAGUGUGUGUGUGGAAUGCUGGACAUCAGAAUGAAGGAGGCGUGUCGUAUCUGUGCUCGUGAGCUCUGCGGUAACCAACGCAGGUGGAUCUUCCACCCCGCCUCCAAACUCAACCUCCAAGUGCUUCUGUCCCACGCCCUGGGGCGAGAGCUGACCCGGGACGGGCGCGGCGAAUUUGCCUGCUCCAAGUGUGCCUUCAUACUGGAGCGUAUGUAUAGGUUUGAUACGGUCGUCGCCCGUGUGGAGGCUCUGUCCAUCGAACGGCUGCAGAGGCUGCUCCAGGAGAAACACCGGCUACGGGGUCUCAUCGGAGGCCUCUACCGGAAGACCAACGGGGAGGAGGGUGGCGGUGGUGGAGGGGUCAUUACCGGGCCUGGGGGUACGCGAGGAGGGGUACAGGGGGAAGGUAUGGUGGACAUGUCUGGUCUGACCCAUGCUAAGUACUGUGCUCUGCUCCAGGAGGACUUGGUGUACUCUCUGUAUGAGUCCUGGACUGAAGAGGGGUUGGAGUUCGGGGGUCACCUCCAUCCUCAUCAUGGGCAUCGCCCUCAAUACCCAGGGUCAGAGGUGACGGCUGUAGGAUCACAACGCUGUGGGACAGUCACACCUUCACGUAGGAAGUGCCAAGGGUGCACAGCGUGGCGAGUCGUGGACUCGGACUAUGAGGCUGUGUGUAAAGUACCAAGGAAGUUGGCACAAAGUAUUUCCUGUAGCCCAUCGACGAGGUAUUCGGCCAGUGUGAUUGGAGUAGAAAGAGGUAGAGAAGGGGAGGAAGAGCCAGAGGGGACCCACUCCUCGCUCACACUGAUCCCUGGGUCCAAGCUUCAGUACCGGGCUUUAGACAGUGACCGUACCCUGGCGGGUCGAGCCAGCUCCAGCCCCUCCAUAGACUCCCUGGACAUAGCUGGAGAAUCUACCCGGCUGUCUGCUAUCCAAGACGGGGCCAAGGGGCUAGGGGACCCCCUGGAUGACCGGUUCUCUGACUCCCUGUCUGAGGAGCACGACCUGGUGACCCCGCUGAGAUCCGCAUCCCACCUCUCCCUGGCCCUCGACCUGGUCCAGAACUGUGUGUACCGGCCUGUCCAGAGCCCCAAGGGAAGCAGAUUGCCUGUGCUGCUCAGACAGAGCCCCAGCGAUGGAGGCUCUAGCUUCUAUGAGCCGGCCUUGGGGUUGCUGCAUCGAGGUCCGAAUGGAGAGGGGGAGAUCCAUGGCCAUGUAUCUGACGUGGAGGCCCCUCUGAUCAGGCUGGACAGUGAGAUGGAUGGGGGUCUGGACCUGGCUGAGAUGGAGGAGCUGUGGGAGGAUCUGUAUCAUGAGUGUCCUCCCCCAUGCCCCCACCAGACUCUGAUCGAGGAGCAGCAUAGCCAGUUGAACCAGUAUGAAUGUGCAGCAGGUCAGUGUAUCAGUGAGCUGCAGAAGGCCCAGCUCCAGGUCCAGUCCCUGCAGACCAAGAUCCAGGAGAGUGAGGCCAACAACACGAAGCUGCAGGAGAAGCUCAGUGAGAUGGAGUGUGAUCUGCGUUCUAUCCGUCAGGCAGCUCAGAACCAGGAACACACCAUCCAGGGCCUGACCGACUCUGUCAGUACCAAGGACAACGAGGUCCAGGAGCUGUACCAGUUAAUUGAAGGGCAGAACACCACACUGUGUAAACUGAGAGAGAUGGCCCACCACAACCAGAUCACGCAACAUCAGGCUCCAGAGGGGGGCAGUGAGGUUGCGGGUCUAGCCCAGCUGCAGUGUGAGUUAGUGGGGGUACAUAGCUCUCUGUUUACCCUGGGUCUGGAGCUGGAAGCCAGUCAUAGAGCGCAAAGACAGAGCCAGAGACAGGCUGAGGACCUGACCAGAGCUAAAGACAGACUCCACUCUGACCUAAAGGAGGCACUGCAGCACAGGGAGGUCACCGACAAACACAACCAGGACUUGCUCAGUGCCCUGGCUCAGUCCCGCUCUGCGCUGCAGGCUAAAGAGGCUCAGCAGAAGGAGAGCGAGGCAGAGAACCACAUGGAGGUUCAGGAGAGAGACAAGAACAUCACACAGCUCAAACUCUCCCUACAGGACAAGGAGAGCCAGCUACAGGAGUACUCUGAGCUCCUGGAAUCAGUAGACAGCUCCAAACCCAGAGAUAUUCUGAUGGACAAACUGAGAGAACGCAUCAAGGACAGGGACAGAGCACUGGAGCGGUCUAUAGAUGAGAAGUUCCGUUGUCUGGAGGAGAGGGAGGAGCAGGUGAGGAGACUACAGCUGGCCCUCCGAGAGAAAGAACGAGACCUGGAGAGACUCCGCUGCAUACUGCUCAACAACCAGGAGACCAUCACGAGUCUGGAUGCGUUGGUGCGGGGUAAGGAGCUGGAUGUGGAGCAGGCAGCAGAAGCCCACAGGAACCUGCAGUGGCUCCAGCAGCAGAGUGAGGAGAGAGAGAAGAGCACUCUGAGAGAGAGAGACACACUCAUCAACCAGCUACAGUCUGCCCUGCAGACACGCAGCCGGGAGACACAGGACCUGACGGCAGCCCUCCUGGCUAAGGUCCAGGCAGGCCCCAGUGAGGUGGUGGAGGAGCUGAAGGCUCGCCUCGCACUGAAGGAGAAACUGUUCCAGGAACUUCUGUCAGACCGCAACCGCCAGAGCCACGAACACCAAGCACAGGUCCAGGACCUGCUCAGCACCAUCAGCACCAAGGACCAGUACAUACAGGACUGCUCUGAUAGGCUUUCCCAGGUGAUUGGCGAGCGGACAGGCCAGCUGCAGGAGCUGCACAGGCAGCUGUCAUCACGGGAACGGGAGAUGGGUGAGCUGCGGAAGGAGAGAGAGAGGGAGAGAACGGGAGAGGCAGAGCGACUGCAGAACCUACUAAAAGAGAAAGAGACUUUUAUCCAGAGUCUGAUGCAGGGACAGGAGGAGAGCAUGGAGCCCUCCACACCAGAGGGGGCAGCAGAGGUACAUGCCAUCCAGGAAGAGCUGGAGCUGGUCAGGAAGAAAGAGAGGGAGGCUCAGCUGGAGCUCUCAGCCCUGCGCUCAGCUCUCACACAGGGCCAGCAGCAGGCCCAAAAGCAGGAGGAUAGAUUUAAGAUCCUGGCCCCAGAAAUAACAGUCAGGGACCAGCCCUCCAGCACUGACCACCAGAGUGUGUUGGAACAGUUGGUCAAUGAGUACCACAGGCUGAACAAUGCUUUGAGGGCAGAGAAGAGGCUGUACCAGAGUCUGAGCCACAUCCAGACUAGAGGAGACAGCAGCUCAGAGAAGACCCAGGCCCUGCUCACAGAACUGGACUCUGUUCAGGCAUUGCGAGGGCAACUGGAGGAGGUCCUAACCAGGACCCAGAAGACCGCCCUGGCACUGGAGAGGGCAGCUAAGAGGCAGUCUGACUUUGGAGAGCUCAGCACGGAGGAAGAAGAAGAGGAGGGAGAUGAUGAAGAGGGCAGCACUGAUGAGUUCUCAGACAGUAUUGAAGACGAUGAGGAUAAACUGACUGCCAAAAGUCUGGCCUCCACUAAGAACUCUGUGGUGGCCUGUGGGCAGGGGGUGCUGUCUGGAGGACCUUUGAGCGGAGCACUGUCCCAGGGGGCAGAGGGGCAGGGACAGCAGCUGGCUGAACAGAAGAGGGCAAUAGAAGAAGAAGUGGAGGAGAUGAGAACACAGCUGGAGACAACCGGCUGCUCCUCACUAGCCCUGAUGAGGAGAACACUGCAGAAGCUACAACAAGAGAAUGAAGCCCUGAAAGAUAGCCAAGGGGGAAUACAGGGUCUAGGAACUCUGGAGGAUCCAACAGACAUCUGCCAAGGAUGGGGACAGGAGGAGGAGGAGGAGGAGGAGGCACAAUCAACAGUGGUACCCACCCAGGGCAACAAUGGCCCCCCAGCAGUGAGGAUGAGAGAGGGGAGGGGGAACAGACAGUAUACCAGACCUCACUCCCUAGACCUGGGGACUCUCCUCUCCCAUCACCAGCCAGACCAAACAGAGAAGGAGGCUGAAUCUGAUGAUGUCACCGGCGAUGUGGGUGGGUUCUGGCAGCAUAUGGAUGCGGGUCUCCGUGAGCAGGCGGCGCAUCUGCGUUCUGAUUUGGCGCUGAGCAGACAGGAGAGCAGGGAGCUGCAGGAGAGACUCAUGGUGUCUGAGGCCACAGUACAUGCACAGGCUGAACAACUCAAAGACUACAGGGAACUACUCACAGAGACAUCAGUUGAGCAGGACAGUAAGCAGGUCCAGGUGGACCUACAGGACCUGGGCUAUGAGACCUGUGGCCGUAGUGAGAACGAGGCAGACAGAGAGGCCAGCAGCCCAGAGUUUGAUGAUCUGGAGAUGUGUACGUCACUGAGCCACCGGCAGGACUACGAGAGUGCCGGAGUUUGGUUCCAUGGCGAUGGGAGUGUGGGCGGAGCUUUUGAUGAAGGCGAGGAGCCAGGGGCAGGAUCCUUACAGCAAUUGGUCCUGGACCUGCGUUCUCAGCUGACCCGCUGCCACAAGGUGAUUCGUGGGUUGCAGCUACGUGUGCGUUCACUAUCCACCACCAGUGACUACGCAUCCAGUCUGGAACGCACCCCACGCAAGGUGAAUUGGGCAUUUGAGGCGUCCCCGGCCCUCAGCGGUGUAGAAGACGAUGAGGGCUGGAUGUCCGACAGCCUGGGGCCUCGCAUGGAACCCAAGCCCAGCCGAGAGCUGCGAGAGCUGGUGUCCCGAGUAGCCUCACUGGAGGCCCAACUCAAGAGCUCCAGGCUGGAGGGGAAAGGAGGGGUGGUGGAGGAGGGGAAGUGUGCUACCUGGCCCGGGAAGUACAACACCCUGAUCCAGGCUCAGGCCAGGGAGCUGUCCCACCUGCGUCAGAGGAUGAGGGAGGGCCGUGGUGUCUGUCACAUACUCACACAACACCUGGGAGACACCACCAAGGGCUUUGAGGAGCUGCUGCGUGCCAACGACAUUGACUACUAUAUGGGACAGAGCUUCAGAGAGCAGCUGGCACAGAGCACUGCCCUGGCACAACGAAUGGGCACCAAGAUCAGUGGACGUGACCGUGCUGAGCUACAAGAUGAUAAGAUGGGCCAUGAGCUGCUUGCUUUGCGGCUGAGUAAGGAGCUCCAGCAGAAGGAUAAGAUAAUCGAGUCGCUCCACACCAAACUCCAGCAGCGUCCUGACACCCCCUCCAGCAGCCAUGCCCUCUCAGAGACCACCGACCAAUCAGACAGAACCUCCUUUGUGUCAGAUGAGUGCCGGACCAAUGAGGACCUGGAGCUGUGCUCAGAUGUGGAUGCUGGCAGCGAAUACGCUCAAGAAGUGAAGGGACAGGGGGCGGGACAUGGCCCAGGAAGCACAGACGUCCACCCCUCCCUCCCUCCAUCCUCUCUUAAGUCCUCCAGCAGCUGUCCCAACAUGCUAUACUCCACUCCCGUGGAGUCAGCCAGUCAGACUGGUCCUGUGUCCUGCUCCCUACCCACCUCCCAGUCCCUUCCCAGGCUUUACCCUAGCCAUGACCUCUGGGGUCAACAUAUGACCUUUGACCCCGCGACCAGGACCUUCCCUAUGGAAGCGAUGCAACAGCAGCUGGAUACCCUGCACAGACAGAUGAAUAUGAAUAAGAGCUUUGUGGUUCCUCACGCCAAGGCCCGGGCGACCGCCCCACCAACCGCCCAUCACCAGCCUGACCAUUCCACUUACAGACAGAUUACCCACCAUGCCUUUUACCCACACCAGCUAGGCGGCCGACCCGCAGGCCCCGCCCUGAAGGCAGACGCAGAUCUGGUGGAGAGUGGUGCAUUGUGGGAUAUGGAGAACAUGGUUCAGCCAAUCAGGGUUGGGUCAUCAGGAUACUAUUCAGGAAACAGCUUUACUGGUGUGGAUGUGAUCAAGGAGCACCUGAGGGAGGUGCAGUGUCUGCGUCAGCACCUGGAGGAGUCCAUCAGGACCAAUGAGAGGCUCAGACAGCAGCUGGAGGAACGCCUUUCCACCACCGGCCGUGACGGCGCAGCUCCCACCAACAUCUACAUCCAGAGCCUGGACUCUGUCUGCCAGCUGUCCAAUGAGAUCAGAGUUCUGAAAGAGGAGAACCUGGCUCUCCAGGCCCGCCUGCAGGCCAGCUCAGAAACGUGUGAGGAGGCGGAGCAGCUGCGUGAGGUGGCGGUGACGGGGCGUGCCCGUCUGAAGCAGGCGGAACUGGAGGCGGAACAGUGGAAGGAGGAGCUACGCCGGCUGCAGACACACAGCCAGGAGCAGGGACAGCAGAUUCACACACUCAGACAGGAGAGGCAGAACAGCCAUGACAAAAACAAUAGGCUCCAGCAUGAGGUGUCCCUGCUGCAGCAGCAGUUGUGUGAGAGCAGGGAGCUGCUCCACUCUCUGCAGAGUGAGCUGCAGGUCUACCACAGAGUGUGUGUCAACGCCAAGGGCAACCCAGAGUUUCUGUGUGAGGGCCAGUACGGUGGGUCCCUGCCCUGCCCUUGCCCGGGGAGCUGGGGGAGCUGCUAGGGGAGGUGAGGAGCCUCAGAGCCCAGCUCCAGAGCAGUGUCCAGGAGAACAGUGUCCUGAAACAGCUGGAGCUCCACAAACACCUGGAGCAGAAGCUGGGUGGGGGCGUCCACAGCGGGCUGGGGAGCAUUGGGGGGAU